CACAGACAAGAGUCAGCAACAGGCUGUAACACAGACCGUUAUCUCUGAACUCUGGCGUGCAGAAUGGAGUAGACCAAAACAGAAAGAAACCGAGCAAAGAACAAAGAAGCAGUAGACAACAAUAGAAAGUUGUAUCUUUUUAUCUUGCGCGAGUGAGGGUUCACUACACUAUUUACAAAGCUAUUUAGACAAACUAAACUCAGGUAAUAAUUUCUCCUGCCUGAAGUGCUGAUGGCUGCGAUAGUUGGCAGUGUGUGGGUCACUGCGACUCUCCUCAUGUUUGUUCUUGGAGGCCACGCAUUGAACCUGCUGAGAGUGACUGCAACAUCAAGGAAUCCUCCCUCCACUCCCACAGUGCAUUGCUGGUGUUCGAGCUACCCAAACUUGACUGUUUGCUCCUGGCCUGAACCCUCUCUAUCCCCACCAACACACUACGUUGCCACCUGCAGCGAGAGACACAGACAGAAGGUCACCCAGCAGUGCCAUCUCAUCCAACCCGGCUCUUCAUCCUCUGAUCUGAUUUCAGCAUCAUCACCGUCAUCUGAACGGCUCUGGCACUGCCACCUGCCCAGCCUGAAGCUUCUCACUAGUUACAUCAUCAAUGUCACAGCAGUUUCUUCUGGUGGAAGCAGCUCCCAUCUAUCAAGUUUCAUGUUGGAGGAUAUAGUGAAACCAGAUCCUCCCAUAGACGUCCGGGUUUCCCCUCAUGGUAUAAGAAACUUGUUGGUAGAAUGGUCUCCUCCCCCUAGUUGGGCUAACCUGGACAUCUUCCCCCUAAAAUACCAGAUACUGUACCAGUACAAAAGCAGGGGCAUCCCAAAGUCUGUCAGUCUGGGUCCGUAUGAGAACACCACGGUUGAACUGAAGGGGCUGACCCAAGGAGGGACCUACAUGUUCCAGGUGUGUGCUAAGGAGCUGCUAGGUCUGGGCAAGUGCAGCGACUGGAGCUCACCUGUAGAGAUCACCAUACCGAGAACAAAAUCAUAAAGACUCCCCCUCACUUCCUGUUUUAUUUAACCCUCUCAUUUCAAGAUAGCUUUAAAGUCAUGGUGCAAAGGACCCUAGGGUGAAAUUACUCCGAACCAUCACUUUAAGUAAAACUGAAAAACUGCUGAUAGGUGGCAUUGUUUAACUGCACAAGCAAUGCAAGCAACAUUUAUUGAUAUUUUGUUUUAUUUAUGAAGGAAUUAAUGGAUAGUAUCUGUACAGUGUACAAUCAGCAUUUCCAUUGAAAGUCGUAUUAUACUUUUUGUAAUGCUGUUGGUUUGUGUUGGUUGAGUGGGUUGUCUUUGGAGUAGCUGAUAAUAUAGAAACCAUACUGUAAAACAUUGUGAUUAUUGGUCAAGGUGUCUGAUCAGCAGUUUAUGACCCCCCCCCUUUGACCUCUCUAAAGACACAAUUUACCAUAUUUGUAUGUUGUACUAUUCAUUGUGUGGCAGCUCCACAUUUGUGUGAAAAUUUGAAUAAAAACAAGUAAUUUA